AGCGGCGAUGUUCUCUGAUUGGUGGAGACAGCCAGCGUCUCGGUGUGUGUAUCAAUAAUAAUAAGAGAUUAGGCUGGAUUAGUAAAACUCCCACGUUCAUCCGAGAACCCGCUUCAUUCCCGCUCCUCGACGGUGAUCUGCAGGCUGCUCCUCCUCUGCUGUGCGGACCACAGACCCAAUCAUGACCAUCAGAAACGUGCGGGAUCACGGACAGCGCUACAGACCGCGGAUGGCUUGUCUGAAAAAGCUGGAAGCUGUGGUGCUGGAGAUGCAAGACCCCAAGACUGGGGUGAAAUCUCAGACACAGAGGCUGGUCAUCACCACCAUUCCUCAUGCCAUAACAGGUGAAGAUAUUGUUGAAUGGAUUGCUAAUCGCUUCAAAGUCGGUGCUGCUGAGGCCAGAGCUAUGGGUACCAUGAUGGUGGCCUUUGGAUACAUUUAUCCACUGCAGGACCAUAAGAGACUUAUUAUCAAACCAGACGCUUCACUGUAUCGCUUUCAGACACCAUAUUUCUGGCCUGCACAACAGUGGCCAGUGGAGGACACAGACUACGCAAUAUAUUUGGCAAAGAGGAAUAUACGUAAAAAAGGAAUGUUAGAGCUGCAUGAACAGGAGCAGUACAAUAAUCUUCACAAAUGGAUGAACCACAAGUGGGACUUCAUUGUGAUGCAGGCCAAAGAACAGUACAGGGCAGGAAAAGAGAGGAAGAAACCAGACCGAGUGGUGUUUGACUGCCAAGAGAGAGCCUACUGGGUAGUGCACAGACCACCUCCAGGAACGAUUAGUGGCAUGGACUACGGACUGGAGCGACUUGUAGAUCCCAACCUAGAGGAGAAACAAUCAUCUGACCACUACAGAAGGAUAAUAAUCUUCACUCAGCAGUGCAUCAUGAGGCCUAGAGUGAAGUCAUCUGUGUCCAUUGGAGCACUUGUGAAGUACAGCACAACAUACAAGCAGCAUGACCCAUUCCUUUACCCAUGCCUUCCCAGCAACCCCUGGUUAACAGAUGAUGUCACGUACUGGCAGCUUAACAUGCAAAAUAUUGAAAAUCCAACAAAAAUGAGAGUGGAGCGCUGGACUUUCAGCUUUGGUGAACUGCUGUCUGACCCUCGCGGACGAGACGAUUUCCGCCUCUUCUUAAAGAAAGAGUUCAGUGGUGAAAACCUUGCGUUUUGGGAGGCGUGUGAAGAUCUCAAAUGGGGAACUGCAGCUACAAUGAAAGAGAAAGCUCAGCAGAUCUACAAAACGUUCCUGGCUCGCGGAGCUCCUCGCUGGAUCAACAUUGAUGGAAAGACCAUGGAGAUUACAGUGAAGGGCCUGUCUCACCCUCAUCGCUAUGUUCUGGAUGCUGCGCAGACCCACAUCUACAUGCUGAUGAAAAAGGACUCAUAUGGCCGAUACCUGAAGUCCCCUGUGUUUAAGGAGACUCAGAAGAAGGCUGUAGUUCCUGAGCCACACAACUUCAGUGAUUCCCAGCUGGAGCAGAAUGCUAAGAAGAGAAGGCCCAGCCUGAGCCCCAUUAUCCUGAGGCAGCAGGAGGAGGAGCAGAAGGCCAAGCUGGCUGCCAGCGGACCUGUGGACAUAACGCAGGUUAUGAGCAAACUGGCCCAGAAAAAGGGGACGGAACACAGGACUUAGAUAUUAUAGCAUAUUAUAGCAUUGGCUUUAUAUUUUAUUCUUCUCAGUUAGAGACGGGUACUGCACUGAUACCAGCAGAACAUUCUGGAUCAGAUGUUAGAAGAGACAAAUAUCAAACAGUAUCUGAUAGCCUCAAAUAUUGCAGAUUUGCUUAUAGAGCAAACUAGUGAUGGGAGGUUAAUCUAAUUAAUUAGAUUAAUCAACUGACUGUUUUAAUGCAGUUUUCAAAAUAGGAUAAUCAAGAUCUUUACAAAGAGAACCUGCCAGAGAGAAUCUAAGUAGAUUGGCUUAUGCUCCUGUAAAGAAGUCUUUUAUGUGGCAGCAAUUUUCAUAUCUUGCACUUUUCCUUAUGUGAAAUAUAAGGAAGUUACUGUUUCCCCCUUUUCAGUAUAGUGCUGUGUAUUGGCUAGAACUUGGCAUUACGAUAAUAUUUUUAAACAGGUCUUAUGAUUUAGUAUUCAAAUGUUAGAAAACAUUUUAAUAAUAUCAAAAAACACACUAUCAUAUUUAUAAAAUCUGAAUAAUAGGAACUGCUAUCUAGUGGGCGAGGUCAAAAUGCAACUCAAAAUGAAUCACUGUGUUUACAUGUAAACUAUUAAUUAAAAAUCAAUACUUUGUUUUAAAAAAAAAUCUACAGUAUUACAGAACAGAAUAUUUUGAUACAAUACAAUAGAUUCAUAUUUUCUUACACAGUUUAGUAUAAAAAAAAAAGAUUUUGUCUCCCUUAAAAAUAAAUUUAAAAUAAACAAUACUUUGCUAAUUUGAAUGCUCUAAAUGGUGCUGUUUUUGCUAUUAUGGCACAUCUACAAAUAGAUGGCAAAUGAACAAAAACCUGAAUAGAUUUUUUUUUCAAGUAUCACUUAUACUUGAAAAUGAUUAAGAUUAUUUUUUUUUUUACAUUAUUGCCCAGCCCUAGUGCAAAGCAUACACAAACACGUCACAUGUAUUCCAAAAAUAGAACAGAUGAAGUAACCUGCUAAAUACUACGUUAGAAUUAUUAUUGGUUUGUUUGAUUUAAAAAAAAAGCCUCAGUUCUGUGAAACGAAACAGCUGGAAGGUUCUGCACUUUUAAGAUGCUUAAAAUAACUUAUUUUACAGCUUAUAAGCUUUUUAAAGACAGACAGUAUUGUAUUAUUCAUGACAUUAUCUAAUAACUCUAAGUUUUGGAAAAGUGAUGUUGUAUAAUGUCUAGCUUUAGCUCACAUCACCUGAUGUUCUAUAUAGAGUAAAUCUAAAUGUGUAUACUGUAGGUUGUAAAAUAUUAUUUUAAAACUUUCUAUGUGUAGUAGAAUACUGCAUAUGAUUAUAAACAAAAGUACUAAAGUGCAAAAAAUUACGUUAAAAAAUGUGCGCAUUGGUUCCACAUGAAGCAAAUAUUUUAUAUCAGCAUAUUUGCUGAGCACUUCAUUCACAUAAAUGUUCAUGUUGUUUGUAUGGAUAUCAUGUACAUUUUUAUUCAUUCAUUAUUUAAAUCAUUGAAUAUGUUUUCCAUGUCCCCUUUGUCUUUGUUAUAUUGUCCUGUCCAUAUAAAAAAAUAAUUGUGAGUACAUUUGAUGUUUUAUCAUAUUAUGUUAUUUUUGUGCUCAUUUUGUGAAACAAAACAUUCAGCAAGUGAUAUCAUUGUAAAUCACCACCCAUUUUUCUGUCCCUUUUAUCACAGUGUCUGCUGAAUGAUGCUGUUUGUUAUUCAUGUAAUAAAGUCAAAUCAUUCCUGUCAA